AUGCCUCCUCCAUGCCCAGUAUCCCGAAAUAGUUCGGAAAAUCGUCAUGAUGUUUUGAGACCAACCUCUGCAACAAAUGCAAUAAAGCCAUUCUCGUCACAAAAUAGAAAAGGAAGUACUGACGGGGAGUUCACCGGAUUUUCUUUAGACAUAUCUGCUACUGAUGAGAUUGUAAUUGAUGAUCAAGACUCUGAUCCUGAACCAGCACCAAAGAAAAGAGUGCUAUCGGUAGAUAGAACGAAAGGCAUGGCUUUCGACUUCAGUGCCGAUCCUAGAUUAAAUUCUAUUAAAAAAUCUGUAAAUAGUAUAGUUGAUCCAGAUGGACGUAAAGGCAUAUCAAAUAGUCAAUUAGGAGCAAUAGCGAAAUCAAUCGAAGUUGUGAAUAGUAAAAGAGAGAAGAAAACAAAACCGUGGGAGAGGAAAGUUCCAAUCAAUCUGGAUGAUUUUCGAAUGGCUAGUGGAAACAAGAUUGUGAAAGAGAUGAAACAAGUUGUAAAUUCAAACGAAAAUAGUGAUGAUUCUCAACAAAGUGAUUCAGGUGGAUAUCAUCCAUCUACAGGGCAGAAGAGAUAUUUUGGAAACAAAAAAGUUAACUCUAUCAAUUCUAACACUUCAACAGCAGCUAACAUGAUCAAGAAAGGUCUGAGUCAAAUGGGAAUGGGUGUUGACGGAAGCUCUAGAGAUGAACCUGUUGUGUCCGGCUUACGAGCUGAGCCGAGUCUUAAGCACUUCGAUGAACAAAUUAUUUCUCUGAUUGAAUCGGAAAUAAUGUCCAUAACAACAGAGACAGGAUGGUCUGAUGUUGCCGGUCUUGAAGGAGCGAAAAAAGCUUUACGAGAAAUUGUGGUUCUUCCUUUCAAGAGACCUGACGUUUUCACUGGCAUUCGAGCUCCUCCAAAAGGAGUUUUAUUGUUUGGUCCUCCAGGAACUGGAAAAACUAUGAUAGGUAAAUGUGUUGCCUCUCAGUGUAAAGCAACUUUCUUCAAUAUAUCGGCUAGUUCUUUAACUUCUAAAUGGGUUGGAGAAGGAGAGAAGCUUGUACGAGCCCUUUUCUCAGUUGCAAGACUGAAGUUACCAAGUGUUAUUUUUAUCGACGAGAUUGAUAGUCUUUUGUCUGCUCGAUCUGAAUCAGAGCAUGAAUCAUCGCGGAGAAUAAAAACUGAGUUUCUGGUACAAUUGGAUGGAGUGGCGACUAACAGUGACGAAAGAUUACUUGUUUUGGGAGCCACGAAUAGGCCGCAGGAGCUCGAUGAAGCUGCUCGUCGGCGGUUCGCUAAGCGAUUGUAUAUAGCUUUACCUGAAGAUGAAGCGAGGCUUUCCAUAGUUAGAAAUCUUUUAAAAACAAUGAGCCAUUCCAUAGAAGGGGAAGGUUUGAAGAAAAUAGCCGAGUUAACAAAAGGAUAUUCCGGAGCUGAUAUGAGACAACUUUGCGCAGAAGCGGCUAUGGGACCAAUACGUGAUAUCGAGAAUAGUUCCAGCAUGGAUAUUGAAACUGUCGCCACAUCUGACAUUCGUCCAAUCAAUAUUGAGGAUUUUAUAGAAGCUUCACGAGUAGUAAGGCCCACCGUGGUUGAAGAGGAUCUGAUUGCUUAUGAAGCUUGGGAUAAGAAGUUCGGUUGCCUUUUGUAA